CCUCUAGCGCCAGACAUGAGUACUGGUCUGUUUGCUCACUCCUGCCGUCGGAUCCACAGCGCCAGCAUCGCAGCGUCCGGGCAGACACACACGGUCAGGCGUGCGGACAGGCGCCCCGCAGCCCCGCAGCCCCGCACCUCCCUCCCCGUGUCCCCGUGGCCGCGUGCAACUCAACGGACUACGUCGACGACUCAUUUUGCUUUGUUGUUUGCUCCGGGCUCCUUUCUACGUGCCGGGUCUCUCGCACCGCAGGGCCUCCUUCAGUUCGCUGGGAGGGAGAAGGCGAAGAAGAAGAAGAAGUAGUGUUGGUGGUGGUGGUGGUGGGUGUUUGCUGCUCACUGGUGUUCCGGCAGCAGCGGUCGCGGCGGUGUCCCCGAUGGCAGGCUGGAAGGACGGCUCGGUGCAGGAGAAGUAUCGGCUGGUGGUGGUCGGAGGCGGCGGUGUCGGCAAAUCAGCUCUGACUAUCCAGUUUAUUCAGUCGUACUUUGUCACCGACUAUGACCCAACAAUUGAAGACUCUUAUACCAAGCAGUGUGUGAUUGACGAAAGGGCGGCCAGGCUCGACAUCCUCGACACGGCUGGACAGGAAGAGUUUGGAGCCAUGAGAGAACAAUACAUGAGGACAGGGGAGGGCUUCCUGCUCGUCUUCUCAGUAACUGACAGAGGAAGCUUUGAGGAAAUCUACAAAUUCCAAAGACAAAUCCUCAGAGUGAAAGACCGGGAUGAGUUCCCCAUGAUCCUUGUAGGAAACAAAGCCGAUCUGGAACAACAAAGACAAGUAACCCAGGAAGAGGGCCAGCAGUUGGCCAGACAGCUGAAGGUCACAUAUAUGGAGGCUUCAGCCAAAAUUCGUAUGAAUGUAGACCAGGCUUUCCACGAGCUGGUUCGAGUAAUCAGGAAAUUCCAAGAGCAGGAAUGUCCCCCCUCGCCAGAACCUACAAGAAAAGAAAAAGACAAGAGCGGCUGCCAUUGUGUGAUCGUUUGAGGCGGCCUUAUCACUGUCACUCAUGCAGCUAGUCUGUACCACCCGACCCACUCUGCCUAACAUCACAUCCUCAGUGGAUGACUGACCGCUGCCUUCUCCUCGUGCAUGACUUCAGACAGCCUUUUCUGAGAUACUUUGACCAGGAAGUGCUGUCCCCAGGACAUCACUAUGGACAACUGACAAUGCCAAAUUCGAACACCACUCUACCUUCAGCUGUAAUCUAAUUCACACGAGAGAGUCCCAACACUAAACAUUGCCUUCCUAAAAACCGCCUGACAAAUUAAUGUUUUGUACUCUGAAGGACUUCUCUUGCCUUGUAGUGACAUUUGUACUUGCUACCGAGAUUGAAUGAAAACUAUAUAUCCAGAAUGUUAAUGAGUUUGUUUAGUUUCCAGCGUCUGACCAGAGCAAAGAGAUUAUCUUAUGAAGCUUUGUUUAUGUCGUGCCAUAUCCACCUUUUACUCCCAUGUGCUUAUCUGCUACUGUACAUAUGUGACAUUUGUUGUGAUUUUUAAAGUGUACUUGAUCAUGAUCUAUUAAAUCACCACAGUUCAGUGUGUGAGGUUGAGUUUGGUUUUACAUAUAUGAAAGUGAAUAUAUAUAUAUAUAAGUAUGUAUAUUAAUAUAAAGUCUAGAAAGCCCUUAAAGCUACAAUGAUAGAACGUUGUUAUUUUGCAGUGGAUUCUUCUUCUUCGUCUGUGGUUCUGGCUUUCAUCUCAACUAUAAAGGAUCUACUGUAUUUGAUAUUUUUUCAAAAGUCGUAGAGACUGAAGCCUUCUUUCUCCUCUGCCAUCUCCUCGAUGUACCGAAAGUGGCAAAUGGUUCUGACUUUCUUUCCUUGAAGGUGGCAGUUUAGUUGAACUUGCACAUCCGAUUUCUAAGAAUCAGAAGAUACUUUUGUUGGUAGCACAUUGUAUGUCUUUGACAAUUAACAUUAUUUCAGCUCAAAACACUGUAUGCUCUCUAUUCAACUCUUGACAAUUAAAAGUUAAUUUGUUGCAAAUUAA